CGGACCGUGACCGCCACCCCCAAUGACGUCUCAGCCUACGAUUGGUCUUCUCCUUACGUCUCAUCUGCUUUACGUCUGCCGCAGCCUGUGAGCUGCUUUCUGUUGCCGAUAGCGUGUGCUUGCUGCCGGUUGUUCACGCGGAGAGAAGAUGAGUAAAGCGCACCCACCCGAGCUGAAAAAGUGAGUUUGGGGGUAACCAGCUCCCGGGAGGGAGGGGGGCUCCGAGCUUUGCAGGUUAUGGGAGAUUGUUUCCCGCCCAGCACUGAGGCCUAAAGCAUGGAGUCCCCGUUGGGGUGUAUUGCUCUACGAGCAUGGCUGCCUGAGCGGCGAGUGCCCUCCUGUGUCUCCAUAGUGACUGGAUCCCCUGCUGGCAGACCCUGCAGGCACCCGGGCCACUCCGUGCAGUGCUUAUGGUGCCGUGGCCCUGUAGCUUUAGCCCUGCGAUGUAAACCAUUGGCAUUGUUUAUAAUUUGCCAUCUUUGCACUGCAGAAUUAGCACACCUCUUAUGGUUAUCGUGCUCACCGCAGCUAGAGGCACUUUCACAGCAGUAAUUGAGUUCCAGUUGAUUGCUCCAUGAAAUGCUUGUCAUGGCGAGCCUGUGAUUGACACAGUGUGGUCAUUUGCCAUGCAUUGCACGGCAGCCUCUCAGUGCGCAUUGGCUGAGAUCAUCAGGGUGAUAUUCUUAGUGAAGGAGGCAGGGCAGCCACAGUGAGACCUUUGCACUAUGGGAUACAUAGGUAAGCAAAUCUUACCCUUUAAACCCUGCCAGGAGGAGGCUAUGUAGGUAAAGUGACACUAUAGCGUUGAGAAUACAUGGUUUCUAUUCCUAAUGCAAUGACGUUCCUUUAAUUGUCUGUUGGCAAGGCGUUGUAUUGCAACAGCAACGUUUUGUUGUUUGCAUUGUCUAAUGAACCAUUUAGCGCUGUUAGGGCGUGCUAUGCCGUCCUGCGUGAGCUUGGCUUAAACGCCGUUAGCGCAGCAUAGCACACCCUAAGGCUUCACCCCUUUCUGCGCUCCACCUCCCUAAAAACAGCUUGCAAAACCUGCAGUUCUUUUGUCUGCUGCCUUUGCAAGCUCUCCUCUUCUAAUCCCACCCAAACCUUCUGUGACUGUCCAAUCACAGACUUCCCAAUGCAUCUCAAAGAGAAGUCUUUGCAAGCCAGUUGCUCUGGGCAAUUGUUGCCUCUUGACUUCUGUGCAAAUAAGCUAACCAAACCAGGAAGUAACAUUAUCUGUUGUCUGUUAGAAAAGCACAGAGGGGUGUAACCAAGGUAAUUGAUAAGUGUAGAUUUCUAUUGAAAUCUACACUUCUUUACAAAAGGAAAAUCUAUAGAACACACUUUUCAGCAAGCUAAAGUGCAUUAGGCGUCUGGAGUAUCCUUUUAAGCAAGUCCUCCUCUGAUGGUGCCCCAUCACCAGUGCCAGAGGAAAACUAGGUAACCCCCCAAACCUGACUGCCCUAUAAACAUCCCUAUUUAUGGCUACACCUGGCAUCACAACAACAGUAUGUGUUUGUGAACUAGUGAAGUAAAACCUGAAAAAAAAUCAGUACUGACUCAUAUCAGGCUUAAGACAUUUUCUGUGAAAAUUGAAUUUAUGUGUGAAAAAACACAAAUUAUGCCAUUUAAUAUACGCUGGUUUGCCUACUUUUAAUAACUUUGAAAUAUUCUGAGCUGGAUAUUCUUCUGUAUAUGCAGGAAUGCAAACUGCAUCUGUGGUAGACAGUCAGUGGUAUUAAAUUUUCUAUAGACUCAGUUUGUAUUGCUGCAUAUGCACAGGUGCCCUAUGAUUGGGAAGUCUCAUCAACAAGAAGUGGAAGGUAAAAAAUGAAAUGUAGGGUUGUUCCACAAAUGAAUGGUAUUUGGAGGAGUGCACUAUUUGUGGAACUGGUAGUUUGUUAAAAUUUGAGGUGAUUUUGGAUUUUUUUUUUAGGGUGGGGGGGUUUGGGAUUGUUAACUCACGCCACAUUAAACAUUUUCUAUUUUAGGUUCAUGGACAAGAAGCUGUCAUGUGAGUAUUGCAACAUUUUUACAUUCAUGAAUGUGAUUAAGUUAUAGUGUUCAGGUGUCAUUUUAGGGAUCUUGCGUGUAUUAUGAUACAUUGAAAUCUGAAAUACAGAUCUUCAGUUUUAUAAUGUAUUCCACAUUGCUGUACUCUAGCUGGACUAACAAAAUAGUUAGAACUAGACAAAUCAGACAUACACAUGGUUAUUCAAUGAAGGUAUAAUUCAAAGUGAAUUUAAUAUUUACGGUCAAAUAGGAAACAUUCACUAAUGCUUUCUAUUCGGCUACUCUGGCCUUAAAUUUGAAAUACACUUUGACUAUUGAAUGUUGACACGGAGUAUGUAAGGACCGUAUUCAAAUAAGCAUGGCGUGUCUCUCUCUAGUGUUAAAAUUUUUUAUUUUUAUUUAGUAUGUGUUUGCAUCUGUGCAUCGUGUGUAGUAUAGUUUUAGUAUGUCAUCCAUCAUGCAGUACAUGAUUUGAAAAGGUCUGCAUAAUAAUGGAUAUGAUCAUAUUGUAUGGAAUUAUGUAUAAUUAAAAUUUAAAAAAACUACUAAAAUUGAUGCAGUUUCUUAAAAUAAUUUACAGCAAGAAGUAAAACUACUAGAACAACUGUGGCACAUAAAUGUUAACAAAAGAGCCAUUAAAAUAUGAAACCUCAGUGACAUGCUGGAAUGACCCCAUUAUAAUGCAUACUAGUCAUCAGGGGUUGUCAACUUGCAGGCUGCACCAGACCUGACCGGCCUGUUACCUUAUUUUUUGACAUGUAAAGCAUCCAGCCCGUUGCAAGGGGGAAAAAAGAAUUAAGAAAUGGGUUUCGUUCCUGUGUUCAUUGUUUUUAAAUGUUUAGCUAUAUGGAUAAAUGUGGCCCUCCAUGAAUACACAGACAUGUAAUCCGGCCCAUAUUAAAAGAAGGUUGCCCAUCCCUGAUGUAGACAAUGCGUUUAACAAAAUAUGCAAAAUCAAUUUAAGUAUCAAAAUUAAAAGUAAUUCAAAUUCUUGUUACAAAUCCACAGACAAGCGACAGACAAUCUGUCCCCUAUGUUAAAGCGUCUAUUUCUGAUGUAUAGGAUAAGUAGUUAGGACCCCAGAAGCCUUUUCAAAUAGAUCAGGGCAGUGGUCCUCCUUGCUUCAAUAUCUGUUAGAGCAUAUGAAUGCAGAGAGGGUCCACAAUUCAUCAUGUCUUUGAUACAUUUUCUUGGAAUAGAGUUUUACACUGUCAUUCCUGUUGACUGUACUGCAUCAAGCACAACAUUACCCUAUUUAUGUACAGUGCCGUUAUUUGAAUUUAUGUAUUUUUAAUUUUUUUUUUUUUAUACCUUCCAGUGAAAUUAAAUGGUGGGAGACACGUCCAGGGGAUUCUUCGUGGAUUUGAUCCUUUUAUGAAUCUCGUAGUAGAUGAAUCCAUAGAGGUUGCAGGAAGCGGGCACCAAAACAGCAUUGGAAUGGUGGUAAGAUAGAUCUCUUCAAACUUUGCUGUUACAUUUUAUCAGUCAGCUUGAGAUGCACAGAAUGGAAGUAUCAAUCCAUUUUAAGAUCUAGACUACAGUGUUGUGAACAACCAAAACAUAUGUACUAUGUGGAUACUCCACACAGCCUGUAUAAACUUUGCUGGUUAUAUGCAUAUUUUUCCCAAGCUGGUUUGUGAGUGGGAAGCUUUUGAUAGGCAGAAAACAUGAGGUAAUUCUUUCAGCUGGAGAUGCGUUCCUGUCAGUCUGCCUGGUUCAAGACUUGGACUGUGACAGAAUUUAAUGGGCAGUUGUUAUGGUGCAUGGAGUGUUCCUUAACUUUUCUACUUGUUUAUCUCCAUAUAUAAAGGGACACUAUAGGCAUUAUAACAAUUUUAUGUAAUUGAUUUUGUUAUAGUACCUGUAGUUCUCUGGCAUUUUCAGUCUAUUCAGUGUCCAUUUGUUAACUGGUGCGUUGCCUCUACUGGAGAUAUUACUAAGGCAGAGAUUACACUGUUCCUUCUAGCCAUACCAGCAAUUUGCACUGUGAUAGGCUGCAAGGAAUCCAUGGACACUCAGCCAAUCACAACUGCACAUUGCUGCUCAGUCCGAUGCUUUCUCAAUGGUCCAAGAAGCUCAGAAGGGAUGUGUUGCGGGGAAUUUUUGUUUAACAGUAAACAAUUUUCCACUUCAUUAAAAUAAAGCGGUUACAGCGCCCACAGUGUCCCUUUUAUCAAACUUGUUUAAAAAAUGCAAUUUAAUGUUGAAAUCCACACCACUUUAUCCUAUGAAUGGGUAUCUUCAUCUUAAUUCACAUUGUCAGCGCCAAGGAAUCUUAUAUUGUGUGUAUAUUGUGUGUAUGUAGCGCCAUCAGAUUAUAAACUUUUUCUCUAUGAUGACAAGUUGGUGCAAAGGGCAGAGUUUGUAGGAAUAAUUUACAGGGAAUUAUAAUAUAUAUAUUAUAUAAUAAUUCCCUGUAAAUUAUUCCUACAAACUCUGCCCUUUGAACCAACUUGUCAUCAUAGAGAAAGUUUAUAGGGAAGAUAAUGUACGUGGUUUUUGUCCUCCUAAUUUGCAGUGUUUGCACUGAUGUCUUGCCUGAACUGGUUUGACAUUUUCAAAAUCUUUAAUAUCAAGUUAAAAGAAAUAAAGGAUAACGCAAGUUAUAGGUGGUAGUCAAUGUUUUAUUUAACGGUAUAGUGACCAUUCCCCUCUAAGAUUUUAUAGACCCUAGUAGCCUUUCAAUUAUGAUCAUAGAACUGUGAAAAUAUUUGAAAUAUUAUGGCUCUUCAUAACAAAAGUUUUUAUUUGCUCUUUUUAGAAUACUUCCAUAAUGGUGUUCAAAGUCUUGCAUUAUUUUUUUCAUUCAUUUUCAGGUUAUAAGAGGGAACAGCAUCAUUAUGCUGGAAGCAUUGGAACGAGUUUAAACAGUAAAAUGAAACUGAGCCUGUUAGACCUACCACCACCCCCCAUCCUGGAUGAGUGAAUAUGGCGUGUCAAGAUCCUGCAUUCCUACUGUGUACUUAUUUUUCUUGUGUUUUCUAUUAAAACUUUAAAAAAAACAAGCAGG